UACGUUCCCCAGUUGAUCAUCUCUUAACCAUUUCGCGGAGCAAAUCCCAUACCGCACUUCUUUGUACUCGUAGGCAACGAGCACCAUGGCUGAACCAAAUAUUACCGUCGAGUCCGUCUCCAACGCGGACGACUUCACCCAGAUUUUCCACUGCGUCUCCGAAGCCUUCGGCCGCCAGGCCAAGGACACUGUCUGGAUAGUCACCAGCCCAGGGUGGGACACUCCCGAAGGCCAGAAAAAGGGUGCUGCUGACCUGGUAAAGCGGUGGCAAAACGUCAAGACAAACAAGGAUGGCAAGCCCAACACCGUCUUCCUCAAAGCCACUCUCCCCGAUCCCGCGGAUGCAAGUAAGCGCCGUAUAGCUGGAAUGGCUAUAUGGCAGCAGGCCUCAUUCGUGGAUGGCUACGGUGACAUUCCCACAGACGACAUGAGCGAACUACUCCACACGCUGGAUCCGACUGAGGCGCGGUUCGCGGCUCAGAUGUUCAGGUCGUUGUGGAGGCGUAGGAUCGCGUAUGCGAAGGAGAAGGCCAGUGCUGAUCCGCCUGCCAUCUUUGUUCUGGAUAUGUGUGCCGUGGACCCAGAGUUCCAAAGGAGAGGCAUCGCGCAGAAGUUGGUUCAGUGGGGCUUAGACGAGGCCAAGAGACGAGGCGAAUUGGAGUGUACGACAGAGGCAAGCAGCAUGGGAAGGGGCGCGUAUCAAAAGCUCGGUUUUCAACCGGAAGGUACGGAGGACAUCGUGUACGAGGUAGAUGAAGAAUUCUCAAGUAGGGAUAAGCCGCCGAACGUUUUCUUGAGGACAGGCAUAAAGCAGUAGGUAUGCAACAUAUCAGCUAGUCGCAUGGCGGUUAAUCUAGGCGUGUCUUUUCCCACUCAAGGAAGGAACCUUCUGUGUUGGCACGUUAGAAUUUUAGCGGGAA